CUUUCUUGCUCCAUUCACGCCCACUCACUCACCUUCCACCAUCUCCCCUCCCCAUCUCGGCCACCGUCGAAACUCUUGAAGGUUCUUUAGCUGCAACUGCCUUCAUCAUGGCCGACGAUAUUGUGAUCGACAAGCAGCUCUUUCAUGACCGUUUAAGCGGCUUCAUAACCAAGUGGAAGGCAGACAAGCGUUCAGGCGAUCAGGUCUUUGGUGGCGCCGGGUCAAUCGCCACUGUAGUGGGCAAAGCCAGUGAUCCAGGCAGCUAUUUGAAGCCAGCUGCAUUCCAGCUUUGGCUCCUAGGAUAUGAAUUCCCAGCGACGCUAUUCAUCAUCACACCCGACCUUUGUCAAAUUGUCACAACCAAGAAGAAAGCUUCAUAUCUUGAGCCUCUGAAGAGCGGCAAGGUUCCCGUGGAGAUCUUGGUGCGAGGAAAAGACCCCGAGGAGAACAAGAAGCAAUUUCAGAGCUGCUUGGCUACUCUAAAAAAUGCCGGUAACAAGGUCGCGGUCCUUAAGAAGGACCAUUCAACUGGAGCUUUCGCGGAAGAAUGGAAAGCCGAGUUCCAAGCCGCAGACAUCAAGGAGGAGGAUCAGAUUGACCUGGCACCCAUCCUAUCUAAUGCUGCACUCGCAGUGAAGGACGAGAAAGAGCUCCGAAUCAUGAGAGAUGCCUCCAGAGCAUCCAGCGCGCUCAUGUCGAGAUAUUUUGUCGAGGAGAUGUCCGAGAUCCUCGACUCAGAGAAGAAAAUAACCCACGCCGCCUUUGCCGACAAAGUAACGAACAAGAUCGACGAUGCGAAGUUCUUUCAGAAAGAGAAGGUCUCGAAAAACUUCGACAAUUUACAGUUGGAUUGGUGCCUACAGCCAACCGUCCAAAGUGGUGGUAAUUACGACCUAAAGUUCAAUUCUGAACCAGAUACCAAUAACCUCCAUGCCGGCGUCAUCGUUUCCGCACUCGGUCUUCGUUACCAGACGUACGGCUGUCUACUGGCGCGUACGUAUAUGGUUGGACCCAACAAGCAGCAAGAGGGUAUCUACAGGCUACUUUUGAGCAUCCACGAGGCUGCAAUCAAGAUGAUCAAGGAUGGUGUUGUGGCCAAGGACGUUUACAACAAGGCCCUGAACAUUCUCAAGGCAAAGAAGCCCGAAUUGGAGAAGAGUUUCCCCAAGAACAUCGGUUAUGGUAUUGGGGUUGAAAACAAGGAUGCCAAUCUUAUCCUCAGCGCGAAGAAUAAUCGAGUGCUUAAAGACGGCAUGACUCUUGUCAUCAGCACCACUUUGUCGGAUCUGGAGAAUCCCGACCCCCAAGAUAAGAAGAGCAAGACUUACUCCAUUGCCAUUGUGGAUACUGUGCGUGUUAUGUCAACCGAAUGCGCAGUUUUUACUAAAGAUGCUUCUACGGAUUUGGAUGCUGUAUCUUUCUUCUUCAACGAUUCCGAGGAGGAGACAAAGCCCAAACCCAAGCGAGAACGACCUGCAAUUGCUCAGACAAACAUCACCAAAACCCGUACUCGCCAGGAUCGAGCAAAGAACAAUGAUCAAGAGCGGGAAGAGCUUCGAAGGCAGCAUCAAAAGGAACUGCAUGGGAAGAAACAGCAAGCAGGUCUUGAACAAUAUGGCGAAGGAGCUAAGGCCCUCAACGGUACUGAAGAGAAGAAAUUCAAGCGUUUCGAAUCAUACAAGCGCGACAACCAACUCCCAGCACGUGUCGCCAACCUUGAAAUUGUGGUCGACAAGAAGAACUUAACCGUCAUUCUCCCCAUCAUGGGACGUCCAGUGCCUUUUCAUAUACAUACCAUCAAGAACGCUUCUCAUACCCCCGAAAACGAUUUCACCUCUCUCCGCAUCAACUUCCUCUCCCCUGGUCAGGGUGUUGGCCGAAAAGACGAUCAACCUUUUGAGGACCCCAACGCACACUUCAUUCGUAGCUUGACCUUCCGAUCCCACGAUAUCGACCGUAUCGAGAGUAUCACUCGAGACAUCACUGAACUCAAGAAGGAUGUCGUUAGGCGUGAACAAGAGAAGAAGCAGAUGGAGGAUGUCGUUGAGCAGGACAAGCUCAUCCCGAUCAAAUCACGAAAACCCCAUGUCUUGGAUCUCAUCUUUAUGCGACCCGCUCUUGAUGGAAAGCGUAUCCCCGGAGGCGUCGAAAUCCAUCAGAAUGGUCUGCGCUACAUACAUGGCGCAGGUGGAACAAAAGUCGACAUUCUCUUCAGCAAUGUAAAACACCUUUUUUUCCAGCCUUCACAACACGAACUCAUCGUCAUCAUCCAUGUUCACCUCAAGAAUCCCAUCAUGAUUGGUAAGAAAAAGGCUAAAGACGUGCAAUUCGUCCGGGAGGCCACGGAAAUGCAAUUCGACGAGACAGGCAACCGGAAGCGUCGUCAUAAGUUUGGAGAUGAAGAAGAGUUUGAACAGGAACAGGAGGAGCGCCGACGCAGGGCAGCACUGGACAAAGAAUUCAAGAAUUUCGCCGAAAAGAUCGCUGAUGCUGCGCGAAACGAUAACGUAGCGGUCGAUAUUCCGUUCCGGGAACUUGGAUUCAACGGCGUGCCUUCUCGUUCGUCUGUCCUGAUCUGUCCUACGACGGAUUGUUUGGUGCAGCUUACUGAGCCUCCGUUCACCUGCAUUACUCUGUCCGAGGUGGAAAUUGUUCAUCUCGAACGCGUGCAAUUUGGUCUGCGCAACUUCGAUAUGGUGGUUGUGUUCAAGGACUUCAACCGUGCACCUUUCCACAUCAACACCAUUCCUGUUGAGUCAUUGGAGUCCGUCAAGGAUUGGCUGGACAGCGUUGACAUUCCUUUCUCCGAAGGCCCCCUUAAUCUCAAUUGGACAACAAUCAUGAAGACUGUUACCGCGGACCCUCAUCAGUUCUUUGCAGAUGGUGGUUGGUCUUUCCUCUCAACUGAUUCUGAUGAUGAAGAUGGCGAGGAAGAGGAAGAAGAAUCCGCUUUUGAAGUCAGCGAGUCUGAACUUGCACAGUCUGACGAAUCGUCCGAAGAGGAUAGUGAAUUCGAUGAGAACGCAUCUGAUGAAAUGAGCGACGAGGGUUCCGAUGCAUCACUUUCUGAGGAAGGCGAGGAUUGGGAUGAAUUGGAGAAGAAGGCCGCCAGGAAGGACCGAGAAACCAAUCUUGACGAGGACGAAGAUGAUCGCAAGAAAUCUAAGGGUGGCAGUAAGCGCAAGCGCUGAACGGUCUAGAAUAUUAAGGGAAACGGCAAUCGGCUAAUAGGUUAUCAUGGAGUUUUGCAGGUGUUACCGUUCAUGCCUUUAUCACUACCCGUGGGGCUUCUUCUGUAUAGGUGAAAAUGCCUAUUUACCAUAAUGGAUGGAGUCUUUCAAAUUUGGAGACGUACUUUCCUGGGAUGCUUUUCAAUCACUUUUGUACAAUUGAAGUUUUUCAUCGCUGCUCAUGGGAUUCAGACUUUGCUCAGGCGCUUCGCGCUUAGCUAUUGAAUUUCCACUUGCCCGAUUUCGUCUUUCUGUGAUCGUCAAGUUGAGUAAGGAUAUAACGUUUCCGUGGGCCUCUUGCGGAGGAUCAGCGCCUUUUACAUCUUUACUUCGCAUGAUGGCUACACAAAGAGUAAAUUGGACAUUGAGCUGACAAGACAACUCACAAGAAAUGGAAGAAAAUAGUCUUAUCGCAACACAG